CAUACUGAUUUAAAUAAAUGAUCUAAAAAAUAAUCAGAGAAGAGACAAAUCUUCUGUACAGCAGAAUUCCAUUUAAUAUCUAGAUACUCCCCUAUCUGGGAGUCAAAGCUUAAUUUCACCCUAUCACCUCUUUGAGGGUGUACUAACUUCCAAAGAAGAGAGUAUGGAAAGCGAAAAAUAGUAACUUUACAGUAGAGAACCUGGCAAACACGAUGUUAACCCAGUGAUGACGGUUAAUGUCACUAGAGAUAUGUGGCUCUCAUGUGCCCCCAGUGUGAUGUGAUGAGGUAGCUUCACUAAUAUGAUAUGAUGAGAAGGACACUUCACCUCGGUGGUAUUCUCCCCCAAAACCCACAGGCCUAGUCUUAUCAUCAGGAAAAUAUCAGACAGUCUAUUAUGAUCAUGGAAAACAAGGACAAGUGGAGAAGGUGUCACAGACCAGUGGUACUGGGGAGACAUGGAAACUAAGUAAAUGUGGAACCCUGGAUUAGAGCCUAGAACAGAAAGGGGACAUUAAUGGAAAUACUGGUGAAAUCCAAGUAGAGUCUAUAGUUUAGUUAAUGAUUAGUACCAAUAUCAGGUCCUCAGUUUUGACAAAUGUACCAUAGUAAUGUAAGAUGUUAACAUUUUGGGAAACUGGGUAAGGGGUAUAUGAUAUUAUAAAUUUGAAUCAUAACUGGAGAAUCAAAAGUAUAAUGAAUAAUAAUUUAAGUUUUAAGAGCCUAUGACCACUAUAUUCCUUUUAUAGCCUUCAAGUUCAAAGCAGGUGGUUCCUGGGUCUUGAUUAUGUAUGUAUAACUAUGUCAUCUUAGAUAUAUUUACAAAGACAACACUUUGGCUUAUUUUCCUCUUUGGCCCCUGAAGUCUCCACCUUUGAACCAUGUGUAAAUGGAACAUUUAUUUUGACUUCUAGAAAAUGUAAAGUAAUCUGAAUAUGAUCUUUUAUACAGACUAAUUUGUGUUAUAAGACAUAGAGAAAUGAACAUGCUUUGCAACACAACCUACAUGUUUACAAUUAAUAUUUUGGAUCUCGAGUCAAAAAUCUUCAUAUGUGUAAAAGAUGUUUCAUUAACUGUUUUCUAUAUUUGAGAGUUUUUUAAAAAAACAUAUUCAUUGUACUUUUUUAGGCAUUGAUUGUGAAACAAUGAUUUUUUUAGUUAAGAUGGAGAAAGAAGAACAAUGAUGAUGCUCAUAUCAUAAUGUUCUUAGGAAUUAGGGAAAGGAGAAAUAUUUGGUAUAUUUUAUUUGGUAAUAUUCCUAAUAUUAUACAGCCUUACUGAAUUGUAUGCCUUGUGCCUCAAUGUCCUAGCCAGCUAUAAUAGGCUUUGAUCUAUAAAUUAGAAAAGAACUCUUUACUUUAAAAAACAAGGGCUUUGUAAAAAAAUUUAAAAUCUUCUUGAAAAGACUGGGAGUAACAAAGAGACUUGGAAACAUACAGAAAUAGGAGUGCUGGAGCAAUAAUUUGUUACUACAUAGCAGCUUUAAACGGUAUAUGAACCAUGCUUCAGGUUAGUCAGAAGAGGUCCUCUGAAUUACACUGUGCACGCUUCCCUGAAAUGAAACUGUAUGUUAUUGGUUAACCAGGAUGUUUAGCAUAAUCACUCUGCUAGACUGUGGUGGAGGGAGGUGAUUAUCACUGAGAACAGAUGGGCAGGUCCACAGCACUGCCAGAUUCUGCACAAGCUCCAUUUAUUGUUGGUUCUUGCUUUUUUCCUUAUGUGUUUUAAAAUUCUUUUUUAACAUUGUACCUUCUAACGAACUGGCUGCACAAAAGGUCGGUGGCUGAUGACCUUUCAGCUGAGAUUUCAAACGUAGGAGAAAGAUUCAAAAUGCUGUCACUGUGUAUCUAAGGAGGAUGGGGCAGGUUGCAUUUUCCCCUCUAGCCUCCCUCAGUGCGUGCACGGAUUUAUCUGUACGCUAAGCUCUCUGCUCUGCAUCUGUAGCUCCUUGUGGAUUAUAUUGUCUCUGUGAUCAGAAAUGAUUUUCUCGGAUAUGAACACCGUUUCUGGCUCCCCCAAAGUGCAUCCUCCAAAUGGGACCCGGUUUUACACUUUUCAAGAAUUUGCUGCACUGACAAAAGAAUUAAAUGCCUGCAGGGAACAACUUCUAGAAAAGGAAGAAGAAAUUUCUGAACUUAAAGCUGAAAGAAACAACACAAGACUGCUACUGGAGCAUUUGGAGUGCCUUGUGUCACGACAUGAAAGGUCACUAAGAAUGACGGUGGUAAAACGACAAGCCCAGUCCCCCUCGGGAGUUUCCAGCGAAGUCGAGGUUCUCAAGGCGCUGAAAUCUUUGUUUGAGCACCACAAGGCCUUGGAUGAAAAGGUAAGGGAGCGACUGAGGGUUUCUUUAGAAAGAGUCUCUGCACUGGAAGAAGAACUAGCUGCUGCUAAUCAGGAGAUUGUUGCCUUGCGCGAACAAAAUGUUCAUAUACAAAGAAAAAUGGCAUCAAGCGAGGGAUCCACAGAGUCAGAGCAUCUUGAAGGGAUGGAACCUGGCCAGAAAGUCCAUGAAAAGCGUUUGUCCAAUGGUUCUAUAGACUCAACCGAUGAAACCAGUCAAAUAGUCGAACUUCAAGAAUUGCUUGAAAAGCAAAACUACGAAAUGGCCCAAAUGAAAGAACGUUUAGCAGCCCUCUCUUCCCGAGUGGGAGAGGUGGAACAGGAAGCAGAGACAGCAAGAAAGGAUCUCAUUAAAACAGAAGAAAUGAACACUAAAUAUCAAAGGGACAUUAGGGAGGCCAUGGCACAGAAGGAAGAUAUGGAAGAAAGAAUCACAACCCUUGAGAAGCGUUACCUCAGUGCUCAGAGAGAAUCUACCUCCAUACAUGACAUGAAUGAUAAGCUUGAAAAUGAGUUAGCAAAUAAAGAGGCCAUCCUACGGCAGAUGGAAGAGAAGAACAGACAAUUGCAAGAGCGUCUUGAGCUGGCUGAGCAAAAGCUGCAACAGACAAUGAGAAAAGCUGAGACCUUACCUGAAGUCGAGGCUGAACUGGCUCAGAGAAUUGCAGCCCUGACAAAGUCUGAUCCAACCUCUUCUACCUCAUCUGAUGAUUAUCAAUAUGUUAUGGAAGCUAAACUACAAGAAAUGAUCUCCAUACGUAGGAAGGCUGAAGAAAGACAUGGGAACAUUGAAGAACGUAUGAGACAUCUAGAAGGCCAACUUGAAGAGAAAAAUCAAGAACUUCAAAGAGCCAGGCAAAGAGAGAAAAUGAAUGAGGAGCACAACAAAAGAUUAUCCGAUACUGUGGACAGACUUCUGACUGAAUCCAAUGAACGCUUGCAGCUCCACUUAAAAGAAAGAAUGGCAGCUCUGGAAGAGAAGAAUGUUUUAAUUCAAGAAUCAGAAACUUUUAGAAAGAAUCUGGAAGAAUCUUUACAUGACAAGGAAAGGUUAGCAGAAGAAAUUGAAAAGCUGAGAUCUGAACUUGACCAACUGAAAAUGAGAACUGGCUCUUUAAUUGAACCAACAAUAUCAAGAACUCAUCUGGACACCUCAGCUGAGUUGCGGUAUUCGGUUGGAUCCCUAGUGGACAGCCAGUCUGACUACAGAACAACUAAAGUGAUAAGAAGACCAAGGAGAGGCCGCAUGGGUGUGCGAAGAGAUGAGCCAAAGGUGAAAUCUCUUGGGGAUCAUGAGUGGAACAGAACUCAACAAAUUGGAGUGCUAAGCAGCCACCCUUUUGAAAGUGACACAGAAAUGUCUGAUAUUGAUGAUGAUGACAGGGAAACAAUUUUUAGCUCAAUGGAUCUUCUCUCUCCAAGUGGUCAUUCUGAUGCCCAGACUCUAGCCAUGAUGCUUCAGGAACAACUGGAUGCCAUCAACAAAGAAAUCAGGCUAAUUCAGGAAGAAAAAGAAUCUACAGAGUUACGUGCUGAAGAAAUUGAGAAUAGAGUGGCUAGUGUGAGCCUGGAAGGCCUGAAUUUGGCGAGGGUCCACCCAGGUACCUCCAUCACUGCCUCAGUUACGGCUUCUUCACUGGCCAGUUCAUCUCCCCCAAGUGGACACUCAACGCCAAAGCUCACCCCGCGAAGUCCUGCCAGGGAAAUGGAUCGGAUGGGAGUCAUGACACUGCCAAGUGAUCUAAGGAAACAUCGGAGAAAGAUUGCAGUGGUGGAAGAAGAUGGUCGGGAGGAUAAAGCAACAAUUAAAUGUGAAACUUCUCCUCCCCCUACCCCUAGAGCCAUCAGGAUGACUCACACGCUCCCUUCUUCGUACCACAAUGAUGCCCGAAGUAGUUUAUCUGCCUCCCUUGAGCCAGAAAGCCUCGGGCUUGGCAGUGCCAACAGCAGCCAAGACUCUCUUCACAAAGCCCCCAAGAAAAAAGGAAUCAAGUCUUCAAUAGGGCGAUUGUUUGGUAAAAAAGAGAAAGCUCGACUUGGACAGCUCCGAGGCUUCAUGGAGACUGAAGCUGCCGCUCAGGAGUCCCUGGGCUUAGGCAAACUUGGAACUCAAGCUGAGAAGGAUAGAAGACUGAAGAAAAACACAUCAGGGCAUGAACUUCUUGAAGAAGCUCGGAGAAAGGGAUUACCUUUUGCACAAUGGGAUGGGCCCACUGUGGUUGCAUGGCUAGAGCUCUGGCUGGGGAUGCCUGCUUGGUACGUGGCAGCUUGCCGAGCCAAUGUGAAGAGUGGAGCCAUCAUGUCUGCUUUAUCAGACACUGAGAUUCAGAGAGAAAUUGGAAUCAGCAAUCCUCUGCAUCGCUUAAAGCUCCGAUUAGCAAUCCAGGAAAUGGUUUCCCUGACAAGUCCUUCGGCUCCUCCGACAUCCAGAACUCCUUCAGGCAACGUUUGGGUGACCCACGAAGAAAUGGAAAAUCUUGCAGCUCCAGCAAAAACGAAAGAAUCUGAGGAAGGAAGCUGGGCGCAGUGUCCGGUUUUCCUCCAGACGCUGGCGUAUGGAGAUAUGAACCACGAGUGGAUUGGAAACGAAUGGCUUCCCAGCCUGGGCUUACCUCAGUACAGAAGUUAUUUUAUGGAAUGCUUGGUAGAUGCAAGAAUGUUAGAUCACCUAACAAAAAAAGAUCUCCGCGUCCAUUUAAAAAUGGUGGAUAGCUUCCAUCGAACAAGUUUACAGUAUGGAAUUAUGUGCUUAAAACGGUUGAAUUAUGACAGAAAAGAACUAGAAAGAAGACGAGAAGCAAGCCAACAUGAAAUAAAAGAUGUGUUGGUGUGGAGCAAUGAUCGAGUUAUUCGCUGGAUACAAGCAAUCGGACUUCGAGAAUAUGCGAAUAAUAUUCUUGAAAGCGGUGUGCAUGGCUCACUUAUAGCCCUGGAUGAGAACUUUGACUACAGCAGCUUAGCUUUAUUACUACAGAUUCCAACCCAGAACACCCAGGCAAGACAGAUUCUUGAAAGGGAAUACAAUAACCUCCUGGCUCUAGGGACUGAACGGCGACUGGAUGAAAGUGAUGACAAGAAUUUCAGGCGUGGGUCGACCUGGAGAAGGCAGUUUCCUCCCCGUGAAGUACAUGGAAUCAGCAUGAUGCCUGGGUCCUCAGAAACAUUACCGGCUGGAUUUAGGUUAACCACAACAUCUGGGCAGUCAAGGAAAAUGGCAACGGAUGUUGCUUCAUCAAGACUGCAGAGGUUAGACAACUCCACUGUUCGCACAUACUCAUGUUGACAAGCCACUCAAAGGAGGCAGCACUGACUUGCUAUGUCGUCUUUUCAGUCUACUCUACCUAAAGUGCACUACCAUCUAAGAAGACAAGCAGUGAAAACCUUUGUGAAGACUGAAUUCUAAGGA